UUAUCUUCCACCAUUUUUUUAAAAAAGUAGAAGUUAAAAAAAAAAAAAAACCCCCAUGACGGGCCGUAAACCAUUCUUGACAUUGUGGUUGGUUGGGGCUUCGGCUCUGGAUUUAGCGGGCUGUCACCAAGGAGGUAAGGAUUAUACGCUCAAAGUCUGAAGCGAAACUUCCAUUUGCCCAAUGGCCUUUCUUGCUUCUUCCUCUGCUACUUCUCCUUCCUUCACUUGUUCUUACGCUUUCUCCCAAUUCCUCUCUCGACCCAAAAUUGGUAGCCAUCCCUUCCUUCCUUCUCUCUUAUCAAUCCCUCAUUUGACCCCAAGAAGAAGACCCAACUUAUCCCAAUCUCUUACCGCUGCGGCGGUCAAGAGCGGCGGAAUUGCGGUGCCACCGAAAAAUCCAAAAGAAAAGAAGAAAGAAGUAGUUGGGAAAGACACGGAUGAAGUGGAAGUGGAAGUCGAGGAGGAAUUGCCGUGGAUUCAAGAGAAGGCGCUGGACCUUGUUGAGUUCACUGGUUCCGUUACUCAAGCCAUUCCUGGACCCAGAGUUGGCACCAGCUCUUUGCCUUGGAUUCUUGCGGUUCCUUUGGCUUAUGCUGGUAUCACUUUUGUCAUUGCUUUUGUCAAGACUGUUAAGAAGUUCACUUCUCCCAGGCACAAAAGAAAGAAAUUGGUUAAUAAAAACGCAAUGCUUUGCAUAUCAAUAGAUGAGUUUUUUCAGCAAGGAAGUGAUGCAGUAGAUCAAUCAGCACUAAAGGGAUUAAUACAAAAGACAGGUUUUAGCAUGGAGGAGAUUUUGCGCAAGUACAUUAGGUAUUCGUUGAAUGAGAAACCAUGGAGUGCUGAUUUGGUUGCCAGCUUAAUCCAGCUCAGGAAAGCUUCAAUGCUUGAUGAUUCGCAGAUUGCUGAAAUUUUAAACGAAAUCUCAAGACGGAUUGUGCGUGAAAAAGGCCCAGUUGUCAUGGACAUGUCAGGGUUUACAGAAAAGGGAUUUAAGAGGAAACUUGCUGUGCAGGGCCUUUUUGGGAAGGUUUUAUAUCUAUCCGAGCUGCCAGAGUUCUGUUCGAGGGAUAGCUCCUUAAUUGUCAAGGAAAUAUUUGGGGUUACAGAUGAGGAUGCAGACAAACUUCGGCUACAUACUUUCUCUGAAAUUGGGGAUAUGGGUUCACUUGAGAAGAUGGCUGAUGGUUCAGAUUCAGAAGAUUCGAGUGUGGAUUCAUUGGAUGCUGUUUGAUUCCAUAAUGACAUUGUAAGCACAAUGAAUCUAGGCACAGAGAAAAGUUUGAGGAUUACCAGGGUUUGGUUUGCAUCCAAAAGCUCACCCACCACAAUAGAUGUUCAUAAGCUAUGUCAGAAAAUUCUAAAAUUUUGAUGAGUUGGUCCCUUAUAUAGGUCAGUUUUUAUGCAGCUCAAAUGAACUUCAAAUUUGUGUCAGAACUGUUUUUUUUUUUUUUUUUUUUGUUGCUAAAUGCAAGGAAUCUGUCAUGGUAACUGUUAUUUUGCUAAAUAAAGAAAGGUGUCACUAAUGUCAUUCUUUUGUUUUA